GGGAGGAAGCCAAUCUAAGAGAUGUUGACCAGGAUUGAGUGAGGGUAGGAAGAAUCGGCUUAUUAUGUUGUAACUGGUCAAGCUCAUGAAGGACUGGCCAGAUGUUACAGUGUUUUCACACAAAAUAUAACAGUCCAGCCAUAUACAAUUUACACACUUGUAAAUAGCACAUCAAAAAAUGAUACUUGCUGUAUUAUGGGCUCUGAAGUAAUGGAGAUUAUUGGAAAUUCAAUUUUUGAAGUUGAUGGUAUGCUGAAAAAAGAGGAAAUUAGACAGCUAUUGUCUAAGGACAAUGCAAAGAAAACUCAAGUUGUUUUAGAUAUUCUCGACUUAACAGAGUUAUUUAAAGACAAUAACGAACUUAAAAUCAUUGGGAAUACUUCCAUAUCCCCUCAUCUUCGUUCCAUUGUCAAUUCUACAGCGAGCGGCUUGAAGCAUGCUAAUGAAGAUAUUAUAAAAAAAAAUAUCUAGAAUAUGUUUCUCCG